AUUGGCAUACAAAACUUAUCUUUUUUUUUAUGGCAGAAGAACAAGAAAAGACUUUAAAAGAGUGUGAAGAUUACGUUGAAAAACAUAAAAUACAACAAAUUUUAAAAGAUUCUAUAGUUCAACUUUGUAUAACUAGACCUGAUAACCCUAUAAAAUUCUUACAAGAUUAUUUUGAAAAACUGGAAAAGGACAAAGAAACCUCGACAAAUAUUUCUUCCUCGCCACCUCCAUCACCCCCUUCCCAUUCCGUCAUUCAGGAUGGCCAAGGUGAUACGGGAAACGGGAGUGGGGAAACGAGUUCAGCCGCCCCCCCACCUUCGCCUACUCGCCGGCCUAGAAGGGGAGCAGUAAGCGCAGAGGUCUACACCGAGGAAGACGCGGCCAAUUACGUUAAGAAGACUAUCCCCAAGGAUUACAAGACAAUGGAAUCAUUGGGCAAAGCUAUUUCUAAAAACGUGUUAUUUUCGCAUCUGGAUGAGAAAGAAAGAAGUGACAUAUUUGACGCCAUGUUUUUGGUGCAACACAAAGCCGGCGAUAUUGUUAUAAAACAAGGUGAUGAAGGAGACAACUUCUACAUUAUCGAUACGGGAGAAGUGGAUGUCUUCGUGAAUAGUCAAUAUAUAUACUCUUUAAACGAAGGCGGUUCUUUUGGGGAGUUGGCUCUUAUAUAUGGGACUCCGCGGGCUGCUACCAUUAAAGCCAAGACUGAUUUAAAGCUUUGGGGGAUAGAUAGGGAUAGUUAUAGGCGAAUACUCAUGGGUUCGACACUACGUAAACGCAAAAUGUACAAGGAAUUUUUGAGUAAAGUGAGCAUACUGGAGUCGCUAGAUGAAUGGGAAAAAUUGACUGUAGCCGACGCUUUAACUCCCAUAUUUUUUCACGAGGGUGAAACUAUAGUUAAGCAGGGCGAUAAGGGGGAGGAAUUUUACAUUAUAUUGGAGGGUAAAGCUGGAGUUUAUCAAAAGAAAGCUGACGGAGAAAUCGCGGAAGUUGGAACACUUGGUACUUCUGAUUAUUUUGGCGAAAUAGCUCUACUAUUAGACAGGCCUCGGGCUGCCACCGUUAUAGCCAAAACAGAUUUGAAAUGUGUUAAGCUAGACCGGGCCAAAUUCGAAAGGGUUUUGGGCCCAUGCAGCGAUAUUCUCAAAAGAAACAUCGAGAAAUACAAUAGUUUCGUAUCACUUUCCGUAUAAAUGAACGAAUGAAUCAAAAGAAAAGAAAGAUAAAUUUUUGGAAGGGUGGCAGGUGAGAGUAACAUAAAUUACAAUGUAACGGGACUGAUAUAAAGCAUAUUGCUAGCAUAACAUAUUUUCUGAGAGUUAUAGAUUAUCAAUUAUUAUAUAUAUAUUUAUAAAUUUUUAAAGGAAGUAAAUAUAUAUUUUUUGUAAUAUCGUAAUUACUAGAUUCCUUACAUUUUUUGGUUAUAAUUUUAGAUUCUUUUUAAACAAGAAUUUUUUUAUGUAAAUUUUUUUCCUUUAUCGAUUAUAAUAUUAUUUACUAAUAUUUUAACACCCGCAUGACAUGGAGUCAUUAUAAUCUUUCAACCCAUUUUUUAUGAUUCUAGCUUGUUUUUAUAAGGUUUAUAAUUUAAGAAAGUUAAGAGAAAUCUCUUAUUAGGAUAUAUUAAUGUUAAUAAGUAGUGAAAUUAAUUAAUUAUUUAUUUUACACAAUUAAUUUCUAUAUUACGAAAAAUUAUUUUGCUAAUUAUAUAAUAUAGUUAUAAAAAAAUAUACAAAAAAAAAGUUUAUUUGUUGAGGGUUAUUAAUGAAUCUUUUUGAAGAGAUUAUUAAAUAUCUAAUAUAAUUUAGAAAAAAUUAAUUUUUGAUAUUCUUUUUUAGUUGUUCUAAAUAUUUCCUUUUACCCUCUCAAAAUAUAAUACACAUUGUAAGAGUAGCAAGUUUAUCAGUAUAUUUUAAUGAAAUCAGUUGCAUUUUGAUUUAUAUCCUCGUUCCUUUUGCAUCUACAAAUAUUUUUAAUUUAAAAUUUUUAAAUAAGAAGCCCACAAUAAGCUAAUUAAAACGAUUUAUAAAUUCUGUUUACAGCAGAAUUAAGCUCCAUUUAUUUAUUUGAAUUAUACCACCCACCAUAUUUUUUUUUCUUCCAAAUGCAAACUUCAAACGAUAAAUAUCUACAUAUGAAAAUAUAAUAUUCAAAAUGUAAAAUUUUCUCAAUAUCUUUUUGCGGGAGAUCUAGAUUUUAUAAUAAUUAACUCGGCGAUUAUCAAAAAUUAUAUUUAUUUAUAUAACCAUAAUCGGACAUUAUAAAUAUAGUUAUAUUUUAAAUGUCGAUUUAAUUGUAAGAAAAUUUUUUUUAAAGAAAACUAAAUUAUAUUUUUCUUUUGCUGUUUAAA